GGCUGUUGGUGAAGUCAAGAUGGCCGCGGAGCUGAGGCGGAGGAGAGAGCCUGCAGUAGGAAGGCCGUGAAUGAAGUUUCUAUAGAAAAGCCCUCGUCGCUAACCGCUUAGACUAAAGCAUUGCGUUGUUUCCGUGCAGACAGCCUGCGAAGGAGCUACUACACCCACACACAGCAGCAGGAGGACAAACAGCUGGGAUAAAGUCUCGUAUGAAUUCCGACGAGAAGGAGGACUGUGAGUGUGCGCCACCACAGGCCGAGACGAGCUCCGCUGGAGGGCCCGAUAGAGAACAAGAGGAGCCUGAAGUAGAAAACCCAGAAGCAAGCCGAAUGAAGCGAGCAGCUGCCAAGCAUCUAAUAGAGCGCUAUUACCACCAGUUAACGGAGGGCUGUGGGAAUGAGUCUUGCUCCAACUCAUGGUGUGCCUCAUCGGUUGGCUUCAGCCGCAUGGAUAACAAUGAAGCAGCGGUCAAAGCUCUGGAGCUCUACAAAGUCAAUGCCAAGCUGUGUGACCCACACCCUUCAAAGAAAGGCACCGCUUCCACCUAUCUGGAGAGCAGCACUCACAGCAACUCAGCAUGCAGCAACAAGAAGAUGAACCACAAAGAUGUCCACUCUGUACGAGACAAUUUUAAAGAUGUAAAUUACCUGACAGAGGAGAAAGUGUAUGAGAUCUUGGACAUCUGUGGUGAAAAGGAGGAUUACUCCCCUCUCAUCCGGGUAAUAGGACGGGUUUUCUCCAGUGCCGAGGGACUGGUGCAGAGCUUUCGGAGGUCCAAACCACAUACCAAGGAGGAGCUCAAGUCCCUUCAAGGCAAAGAUGAGGACAAGGAUGAAGAUGAGAAGGAGGCAGCUGCAUGUUCAACUGCAGCUAUGGAGGAGGACUCGCCCACCUCCUCAUCAUCAUCAAGGCUAGGCGAGUGCUCGUCAGGGGAAAACGAUGUCCAGAAGCUGGCCCCCGAUGAGGUCUCAGUCGAUAUCGAAGCCGUGCGGAGGGUCUACGAGCGCCUCCUGUCCAACGAUAAAAUAGAAGCCGCUUUCUUGAAUGCGCUGGUCUACCUCUCGCCUAAUGUGGAGUGUGACCUGACAUACCAUAAUGUGUAUUCACGAGACCCAAACUACCUGAACCUUUUUGUAAUAGUGAUGGAAAACAGCAACCUCCACAGCCCAGAGUACCUGGAGAUCGCCCUCCCACAGUUCUGUAAGGCCAUGAGCAAACUCCCGCUGGCAGCUCAGGCCAAGCUGGCACAUCUGUGGUCGCGCUACAGUGCCGAGCAGAUCCGGCGCAUGGUGGAGACCUUCCAGCAGCUCAUUACCUACAAGGUGAUCAGUAACGAGUUCAACAGCCGCAACCUGGUCAACGAUGAUGAUGCGGUGGUGGCGGCCACCAAGUGCUUGAAGAUCGUCUACUAUGCAAAUGUGCUGGGCGGCGACCUUGACAUGGAGCACAAUGAGGAAGAAGACGAGGAGCCCAUUCCAGAGUCCAGCGACCUCACCCUGCAGGAGCUCCUGGGUGAGGAACGGAGGAACAAAAAGGGCCCUCGAGUGGAUCCGCUGGAGACGGAGUUGGGAAUCCGCACCAGUGAUUGCCGGAGACCACUCAUUCCCUUUGAGGAGUUUGUUAACGAGCCUCUGAACGAGGUGCUGGAGAUGGACAAGGACUAUACUUUCUUUAAAGUUGAAACUGAAAACAAGUUCUCCUUCAUGACCUGCCCCUUCAUCCUGAACGCCGUCACCAAGAACCUGGGUCUGUACUACGACAACCGCAUUCGCAUGUACAGCGAGCGGCGAAUCACUGUGCUGUACAGCUUGGUGCAGGGUCAGCAGCUCAACCCUUACCUGAGGCUCAAAGUGCGCAGAGACCACAUCAUUGAUGAUGCUCUGGUCAGGCUGGAAAUGAUAGCAAUGGAAAAUCCUGCAGACUUGAAGAAGCAGCUGUACGUGGAGUUUGAAGGAGAGCAAGGUGUAGAUGAAGGAGGCGUUUCCAAAGAGUUCUUUCAGCUGGUGGUGGAGGAGAUUUUCAACCCAGAUAUUGGCAUGUUCACGUACGACGAGCACACCAAACUGUUUUGGUUCAACCCGUCGUCGUUUGAAAACGAGGGCCAGUACACGCUGAUCGGCAUUGUUCUUGGUCUGGCCAUCUAUAACAACUGCAUCCUGGAUGUCCACUUCCCUAUGGUGGUCUACAGGAAAUUGAUGGGCAAGAAAGGAACUUUCAGGGACUUGGCUGAUGCCAACCCGGUUUUAUACCAGAGUCUGAAGGAGCUCCUGGAGUACGAGGGCAGCGUGGAGGAGGACAUGAUGAUCACUUUCCAGAUUUCUCAUACAGACCUGUUUGGGAAUGCACUUAUGUACGAUUUAAGGGAAAAUGGGGACAAGAUUCCCGUCACGAAUGAAAACAGAAAGGAGUUUGUUGCGCAGUACUCAGAGUACAUCCUGAACAAAAGUGUGGAGAAACAGUUCAAAGCAUUCAGGAGAGGCUUCCACAUGGUCACCAACGAGUCGCCGCUGAAGUACCUGUUCAGACCGGAGGAGAUCGAGCUCCUGAUCUGUGGGAGCAGGAACCUGGACUUCCUAGCACUUGAAGAAACAACGGAAUACGACGGCGGCUAUAACAGAGAUUCCCGAAUAAUCAAGGAGUUCUGGGAGACUUUGCACUCGUUCGGUGAGGAGCAGAAACGCCUCUUCCUGCAGUUCACCACCGGCACUGACAGAGCACCCGUGGGUGGGCUGGGCAAGCUGAAGAUGAUCAUUGCCAAGAAUGGCCCUGACACAGACCGGUUACCGACGUCUCACACUUGCUUUAAUGUGCUGCUGCUGCCGGAGUACAGCACCAAGGAGAAGCUGAGGGAGAGACUGCUGAAAGCCAUCACGUAUGCCAAAGGGUUUGGCAUGCUCUGAACCCCCCUGCUCCCAACAGACUCCUUCUCAGAAAGCCCAUCAAACCCUGCCCCGCCCUUCCUUUACAGUCUAAGAGGUGACCAGACAGGCCGAGUGUGUUUGAGGAAAAGCAAGUCAACAGUGAAAGAGGAUAAAUGGUUGUAAUGAAUUGCUCUAGUAGAUCUGCUGCUGUGCCUGCACCGUCCCACAUCAGUCAGUGUAAGCACAGAGACCUCCUGAAGUACCCACUCCCACGUCCACAGUAUGUGAAUGUGCUGCAGCCUCCCCUUCUGAUUUCUGUGUACAGAAAGGAUCAUUUUCCUCAUUAUUUAUUUGACGGUUCAAAUUGGUUCGUUUUCAUGCCUGCCUGUUGUGAUAGCUCCCCUACGUAAGCAAGGGGAAAAUAUAAAAAAGCAUUAGGCCGUUCCAUAAGUAACCCUGAGCUCCUGUCCACAGGGUCCACAGAGAGUCUAGUUUUAGAGACGUCUUUACUGCUACUGUUGUAUUCCCCUCUGACCAUUCCUCUCAGAGUCGUUGCUCACCGUUUCCACCCAGUUGGUUUUGAUCAAGGUAAGCAUGUGGAGUAUCAUUUGGUCCAAAUGGCAUGUAGCUUGUUCUCCUUUCCAUUUGUGGGCCUUCUUCCUUUCGGGGGCAAAAGCAAGUUAGACUCAAAUCUUGUCAGAGCUGUGUAAGUGCACUUAGACAUUUUCCGAAUGUUUGUUUUUUGGUCACAGGUUGCCAUGAUUGUUUGAAGCAUUUUAUUUCCUUGUCUUCCUGUGUUGAGGAUUCUAAUAAAAGCAGUAUUUAUAUAUCAGCACGGUUGGAACUACAAUAACAUUGUAAUCGCGCUGUGGCGGAUGGAAACCAGUCACUGAGGGCCUUCUCAGAGGCGCUGAGCUCUCCGUGUGCCAGCCCGCUCAGCUGGUAAAGCCCCAGCAUGCACUCUGUGCUGCCUGGUUUGGGUUCAGUCUUGUAUAGAUGGACGGCUCACACUGCAAAGUCUGUUCUGCAGAACCCGUGCUUAUCUGGAACCUCCGCCCGUGUCUGUGGACCCCAUACUGUGGCUGUGGUUACACCUGUACGCCAGCAUGCUCACUGACGGUGUGGACACAGUGUAAGUGUUCAGGGUCAGACAAUCGUGGAGCCUCAGACUCCAUGAACUUCUUUUGCUGUUCAGGCUGCGCUGCAGCAGGACAGCAAUGUGGAGCUCUACUUUGAGCUCUCACUGACAUGAAAAAAUAUUUGUGGCCUAAUAUCCAAUCAAAUGAUGUGAAUGUCUAUUUGUUUGCGUACAGAAGCGAAUAACCCAGCUGUACUCUCCAAAGCUGUCCUGUUUCUUUGAGUUGAAGGUGGACAGAGGCCAGGCUAGCGCCGCCUCCCUGCCACCAGGGCCAAGCCUGGCCCUGCUGUAAUGCACAGGUGGGCGUGUCCUCUGUGACUGAACCAGUGCCCUGUGGACUGCUCUCAGUCUGGAUCAAAGUGAAAACAGGUGUAACCACUGUUGGUAAAGUGAUUUUGUCUGCAGUACUAAUUAGGUAUGGACUGUGAAAUGAUUUCCCCUGAGAGCGUAACUGUUCUCUUGUCAGUUAAACAGGCUGCAGGUAAUGUCUGCAUGAUGUGCUUGAAUCCUUUCGCUGGUUUAAAGUUGAGUCCUUGAAGCAUCCUCGGCUUGUUUCAUUGUUUCCAGUGUUUGAUGUCAGCAGGCUGCAUCAGGCCCGCAGACACUGAGGCAGGCUCGGUCAGUUCGGCCAAAGGAUCGAGAUCGCUUACUUGGAAGUGAACACGCUCAUCUGUUUCCUGCUCUGGGAGGAGUUCAUGUAACUAUGGUAAUAAGGGUACACUCUGUCACUGUGUGCUGAGCAGACAAAAGUAGCAUCAAGUUAUGGCUCUACAGAUGACCUGAUACUGGAUGGAAAGGAUUGUAAGCCUGUGGAAAAAAUACAUAUAUUUGUAUAUAAUCUAUAUACAUUUACACAGAAGACUAUUUACUAAACCUUCAGAUGUUCGUUUUACUUCCAAAUGAGCGGUUGGAAUAAUUUGGACAAACUGGACAUAAAGCAUGCAUGUACCGUCAUCGUGUUAAACGCUCACACGUGUGUGAUACCUCCUUGUGAGGUACCAGCUACGAUCUUUGUGCCCAGAGGAUUUCUGGCAUCUGUGGUGACUGUCCUCACUCCUGCAGCUGUUUGGUUAAAGCCCAACAGCUCCUGUGAAAACAGCAGAACAGGCUCCUCGUCACGGACCGUGGUAAAGGUCACGGACCGUGGUAAAGGUCACGGACCGUGGUAAAGGUCACGGACCGUGGUAAAGGUCACGGACCAUGGAGUGCAUUCCCAACUGCUGCCAGAAACCGGCUUUGAACACAGAGAUUGCCAUCUCCCACCCUUAUCAUGUGACCAGAGUUCUUUUCUUGGGUCAUGUGACUAACCAGAGCCAGUCAGUCAGGUGCAGCUGUUCAGAUGGAGGUUUGUUUUUGUGCACUUAGCUGGUUGUUGGGUGAAUCUGCGGCCUCUGCAGUCUGACUGAUGUACCUUAAAGAGGAGUGUGCGGACUCGCUGAACGCUGCUCUGCCUGUGAGCACGAUGAUGCCCACAACACGCCACUUAAACCACGGUGCUCAGACCACCGGCACGCACGACCCCCCCCCCCCCCC